GUUUUGUUAAACUUGUAAUUUGUGUAUGGGAAUUGAUGGAUUUUGAUUUUCGCUGGGAAAUGAUGAAUUAAAAAACGAUAUAUAGAACCAAAUUUUUCGCUGAAUAAAAAAAUGAUAAUUUUCAUUCGUUGACUCAGGGCUGUCAGAGGUACCAAUGUACCAUCGCAGAAUUAUCGAAGGCAACUACUGGCAAGGUAGUAUUUGUCUGUUAUCUAUGGUUGCCAGCCGGUUGCAGUUAACUUUUAUCAGUUACAUUUUUCUUUUGAAUUCUAAGGUCAAAUAACUUGGCUAUCGAGAAAGGCGUCGUUAAUAUAAAUGUUUUGAAUUUUUGAUAACGAAACUAUAAAAAUCAAUUAUUUUUUGUCGGUGAUAAUUUAUGAGCUUCUGAACCACUAGUUAAUAUAGUAGGGGUCUACUCUCAACUAAUAAACUAAUACUAUAUUAGUAUAUCGAUAAGAAUUGAAUGUAUUAGUAUAGUACAUAAGUAUUAGUGGACCACAGAUGGCAUUGCAUGUAUAAAGAUAAGAUUAGUAAGUAUUAAGUGUUUGUAUUGUUUUAAGAUUUUGCUGUGGUUUUUAUUUUACUUUUUAAUUUGAUUUCAUUGUAAUAGUAUUGUUUGUCUGGCUUGUUUGUGUAUUCUAAUAAGACCGCCUUUGAGAAAUGGCACUAAGUAGUAUUGAAGAGGAUUCACUUGCUUUAAAAAGUUAUAUCAAGUCGUAUCCAGAUUUUCCUCUACCCGGAAUUUUAUUCAGGUAAUACAUUUCAAGGAAAUUUUUUUGUUUAAACACUGUUCAUUUGUGCUAUGCUAGGAAAAUGAUUACUUAUUAAUAGAUCAGAAGUCUUGUAGCUCUAAAAAAGCACGAUAUGUGCAAGCACUUAUGAACUUAAAAAUCCUAUUAUAUGCACUAAAAAUAUGGUCAAAUAUUUUUUUUUUAAAAGUGAUUUAUUUAAAAAUAUAUACAUCAUUUUUUACAAAAUUGUUAGUACAAUUUAAUUUCUUGAAAAUUCUUAAUUCUAAAACAAUGUUACGUGUUAACUGUUUAUAAGUCAUUCCCACAUUUGAGUGAAAAAAAGAGAAGGCUGGAGUUAGAAGAUUGGUAAAAAUGACCAAACAAUUUUUAUUGAUUUCUUGUUCAUUAAUUAUAAUGAAAAUAUGUGAUGGAAUUUUAAUUUUUCAUUAAAAAUCUUAAUUUUUUUAUUAUUAGUACAGAGGAGAUUAUUUUUUUAAAAAAAAAGAAUUUAUUUUAGAUGUGUGUUUUUAAAGUUUCCACUCAUAAUUAUUUUUUUGAAUAUUAAGCACAUUCAUUAUUCAGGAUUAAAAAUGUCAUAUAAACAGUAUGGACUAUACAGCAUAUGAUAGCACUUAUUAUUCCCCAUACAAAUAUCCUAGAUAAGCCACUGUUUAUGAAAUAUUAUAGUUUAAAGAAAUGUAUACCUAAUAAAUUAAUAAAUAUAAGGUAAUAUUAUAGUAAAUAUUAUGUAUUAUUUAUAAUAUUUAUUUUAUAGUACCAUUAUUUAUUAACCAUCAUCUUUAUUAUCGAAUAACACAUCAAUUGCAAUUUGUGAGGUGUUGGGUGAAGUAGAUUUUAGCCAUACCUAUAUAUUAUAAUAAUAAUAUUAUAAGUAUAUUUAUUUAAGUAAUGGCAUAGGCAAACUAAUUUUUAAUAAUAAGUAUCUAUACCAGAUGAGCUGUAUCAGACCUGUGAUUAACCAAAAUUAGUAUGCACUUGUGAAUUUGUACUAAUUAGAGGUCUUAUAAAUUCAUCUAUAUUGUAAUGUUUUCAAAUUUAGAUUUGGUUUAUUAAUUUAUUGUUUAUGAAAAGUAAUCAUUUUAGUUUUAGUGACAUGGAGUGAAAUAAAACUUCACCAAUUGAAAUAUUUUAAUGAUUUGUUUUUUUGAAAUUUGUAUGAUAAAAUAUGUUUUUAAAUUUACAGAGAUAUAUUCAAUGUCUUUAAUAAUGUUGAUGGAUUACAAUUAUUAAAUAAUAUUUUGAAAAAAUAUGCAGUUGAACUUUGUGGUAAAGUUGAUUGUGUCGCAAUGCUGGAAGCUCGAGGAUUUUUGUUGGGUCCAUUAAUGGCAUUGCAUCUAAAUGUUCCAUGUGUUCCAGUUAGGAAAAAGGGAAAAUUACCAGGAAAAGUAGCUCAGUUGGAGUAUACUUUGGAAUAUGCUAAAGUAAAUACUAAUUUGUAUAUUUGUAUUAUUUGUUAACUUUUUUUAGGCUUUUUCCAGUUAUUGAUAAAUUAUAAUUUCCCAAUUUAAUCAUCAUGAAAAAUCUUAAAAAAAAAGUACUACAUUAGUUCUGAGAAACUAAUAAUAAUAGUUCUAACUUAUUAGAAAAAUAAUAAGAAUACGUCACUCAAUUGCAUAUUCGUUAUAACGUCAAUAACAUAUAUAAGUAAUAUAUAUAAAUUCAAUAACAAUGACUUUAUUGAUAACAAAUUGGCUUGAAAAUAAAAUCUUAAUUCAUUUAUAAGAAUUUAUUUGUAUGCCAAUUUAAUUGAUAUGCAGAAUGGAAUAGGUAAUUUAAUUAAUUUAUAAUUAUUAUCAAAUAAUAUUUUUUAAAACAUUUUUGUUUAAAUUAUGGUGUUGAUUUAAGUUAUAUGGUUUUUAAAAUGUAUUUAAAUCUAUUAAAAUAUCAUCUUACUCUCCUAAACAUUGUUUUGUAUCUUUUUCUGAACAUAUUAAAAAUUAGUAACUUAAUUUAAAUUUUAUAAAUUUAACUUUUAUAAAAAGUAUAGGUUUAUUUGUUAACAAAAUGAGCAUCAAUAUGUUUUUAAUACUGUCUUUGUUUACAGGAUAUAUUGGAAGUUCAAAUAGAAGUUUUUAAAGAAAAAAAAAGAAUUUUGGUCAUUGAUGAUUUGUUAGCUACUGGUGGUAUGUGGUUUACUUAAGUAACUGAAAGCUGGGUCUACACUAGUAAAAAUUUAUGUUGUGCGUUGAAUGUAUUGUGAUUUAUGUUUAUAAGUCGCUCCUAUUUAAUAAUUUUCCGGUGCAAAAAUAAAUAAAACCCAGUAUGCACCUGAUGACCCACAUAUGCGUGAAGCAUGAUAAUAUUUGUGUGUUUUUGGGUUAUUAUUUUUAUUAUAAUUAUUUUUUAUUAUCAACAUUUUGGAUUAAAAAAUGGAUUUGGACAAUAUAAAUGUUAUCCUGUUAAAACAGGAAUACAAACAACACAAUUUUAUGGGAUUACAAAGAUAAGUGACGUAAUUAUAAUAAUUAUAAUAUUCUCGAAAUUAUUCACAAUCAUUUGCAAAAAUUAUUCAAAUAUCCAGUGUUUUCAUCAAUGGAUAGUAUAUUCAAUAAUCUGUCAUCAUAUUGAUUCUUACAUCGGUCCAGAUGUUUCAUUCAAUUAUGUCUGGAUAUUUUUGAUCUAUUUUUAGAUUUUUUGAUCUUUCUUAUUUUAUGUCUAUGUAGAUUAUAGUAGAUGUGGCUAGUCAACAUAUAAAAUAUACUAAAUAUCCACACUAGAACGUUGGUGUGGCACAAAAACUCGUUUCUCGCGCGCGCACGUGUGUGGGAUGUGAUGAACCUUUUUGUGUACAUUGUUUUCAGAAAAUAUGUCCACACUUGCAUAACUACUGAUUGUGUACUUACAUAACACUAUGCUCACGAAAUACUUUUCUAUGAAUAUUCUGCACAUUAAUUUUUACUAGUGUACUAAUAAUUAGACUUGGAUUUUAAUUUAAAUAUGAUAUAUUUCACAGUAAAUAGUCAUAGUGAUUAUAAUAAUAAUAAAAUAAUAAUAACUGUUAUAUUAUAAUAGUAAGAUAAUAUAUUAUAUUAUCACUGUGACUUGAUCAUUUAAUUUAAGUAAAUAGUAGUGUAGUCAAGAUUUGUUUAAAAAAAAAUUAAUACUUUGCAAGAUAAUGAGUGUACCCACUUAAAUGGAUCACCCUGGUAUACAUAAAUAAGUCUCAUAAAGGGGCUUAGCCACCUUUAGUCACUCCCUUGGUUAUGCCACUGAAUGAAAGUGAUAAAUUUGUUUCACAUGAUUAAAAUUAAUUAAACGAGCUAUACAAGGGUGUACCCAGAAGUAACCAGAUUAAUUUUUUUUAAUUUUAUUUUAUACAAAGUAAACUCUGUAAUGUGGUUAAGAGCAGAGUUUUUGUAGUGGCGAGUUAAGUUAAAAUGUAAAUAACACAAUAUAUUGUGUUAUUCUUUUAAUCUGAGUAUUGGCUUAUUAAUAAUUUAAAUACAUUCCAUGUACCAAAUAUUGAUCGGAUACUGAAUUUGGUUUAAUGUAACUGGUUAUUACUCAGUGAUUAUGCAGUGUGCACAUAAAAACACUUCUAGUAAUCUGAGAUUAUAUUUUGUUUGUUUUUACUAAUUACUACAAAAUACAUUGUUUUAUGAAAAGAUUAACGUAUUAAUUAUUUUUAUUUAAGGUACCCUUCAAGCUGCAAUACAACUAUUGAAUAAUACUGGUGCUAAAGUAGUUCAAGCACUAGUUAUAAUGGAGUUAUGUGAUCUAGAAGGUCGGAAGAAAAUAGACAUUCCAGUUAAAUCAUUCAUUCAAUAUUAAAAAUAAAUUUAAUUCAUAAAAGGUGUUUUUUUUUUAAUUAAUUAAAAAAUUAUACAUAAUCAAUUAUUUUUAAAUUAAAUUUGUUCUUUGUGGUUUAUUAAUAGCGUUUUGAAUUUUAUGCUAAAAUAUGAUGC